CAGCCCAGGGACGCGGGGCUCAGGCUUCUCCACUUGCUUCAAUCGGGGAGCCUUCUCCCUCGACCCCCAAAGUUUUUGGGUUCAUUGGAACUUUUGGAUUCCGAUUUUUUUUCCACCUAGGAAUUUUGGGGAAAUACUUUUGACAAACCGAUCGCAUUUUCUCUCCGCUAGCUCUCUGUUCCCCUUCAGCUUUUUUUCUUUCCCGUGCAGGGGAAAGGGCUUACGAGAGAGAGGCUCCUGCUGAACAAAGUUUUCCAAAGUUUUCCACGUGUGAUGGUUGCGGGGAGAGCAAAUCCAACAUCUUGACUUGCGGCUUCAUCUCACUGCCCCUUGAGCAGCCCCUGGGCCCGCUAUAAAGGAACAAACAAACAAACAAAGUUACACCUCGAGUCGCCUUCAGUCUCCUUUCUCUUCUUUUAGGCAGUCUUUUUCUCUCCUCCCUCUGGUCUCCCCUUGCAGCCUCUACUCCCCUGCCCUCGGCCCCUUCCUCUUUCUGUUUCGGCCGGAGGUGCCAGGACCCCCGGCAGCAGCCUCCCCUCCCCCGCCUCAACGGUCCGGCCCUCCCCUCCCCCGUCGCGGCCGGCACAGCCAAUCCCCCGAGCAGCCGCCAACAUGCUCUUUGAGGGCUUGGAGCUGGUGUCGGCGCUGGCCACCCUCGCCGCGUGCCUGGUGUCCGUGACGCUGCUGCUGGCCGUGUCGCAGCAGCUGUGGCAGCUGCGCUGGGCUGCUACCCGCGACAAGAGCUGCAAGCUGCCCAUCCCGAAGGGCUCCAUGGGCUUCCCGCUCAUCGGAGAGACGGGCCACUGGCUGCUACAGGGUUCCGGCUUCCAGUCGUCGCGGAGGGAGAAGUAUGGCAACGUGUUCAAGACACACUUGCUCGGACGGCCGCUAAUCCGCGUGACCGGCGCGGAGAAUGUGCGCAAGAUCCUCAUGGGCGAGCACCAUCUCGUGAGCACCGAGUGGCCGCGCAGCACCCGCAUGCUGCUGGGUCCCAAUACGGUGGCCAACUCCAUCGGCGACAUCCACCGCAACAAGCGCAAGAUCUUCUCCAAGAUCUUCAGCCAUGAGGCCCUGGAGAGCUACCUACCUAAGAUCCAGCUGGUGAUCCAGGACACACUACGUGCCUGGAGCAGUCAGCCUGAGGCCAUCAAUGUGUACCAAGAGGCACAGAAACUCACCUUCCACAUGGCCAUCCGGGUGCUGCUGGGCUUCAGCAUCCCUGAGGAGGACCUUGGGCACCUCUUUGAGGUCUAUCAGCAAUUUGUGGAGAAUGUUUUCUCCCUGCCUGUUGACUUGCCCUUCAGUGGCUACCGGCGGGGCAUUCAGGCACGGCAGACCCUGCAGAAGGGGCUGGAAAAGGCCAUCAGGGAGAAGCUGCAGUGUACGCAGGGCAAGGACUACUCAGAUGCACUGGACAUCCUCAUUGAGAGCAGCAAGGAGCAUGGGAAGGAGAUGACUAUGCAGGAGUUGAAGGAUGGGACCCUGGAACUGAUCUUCGCGGCCUAUGCCACCACAGCCAGUGCCAGUACCUCACUCAUUAUGCAGCUGCUGAAGCACCCAGCUGUGCUGGAGAAGCUGCGAGAGGAGCUGCGGACCCAGGGCAUCCUACACAGUGGUGACUGUCCCUGUGAGGGCACCCUGCGCCUGGACACACUCAGCGGGCUUCGCUACCUGGACUGCGUUAUUAAGGAAGUCAUGCGCCUUUUCACACCUGUUUCGGGUGGCUACCGCACUGUGCUGCAGACUUUCGAGCUUGAUGGUUUCCAGAUCCCCAAAGGCUGGAGUGUCAUGUAUAGCAUCCGGGAUACCCAUGACACGGCACCCGUGUUCAAAGACGUGAAUGUGUUUGACCCUGACCGCUUCAGUCAGGCACGGAGUGAAGACAAGGAUGGCCGCUUCCAUUACCUCCCUUUCGGUGGUGGCGUCCGGACCUGCUUGGGCAAGCACUUGGCCAAGCUCUUCCUGAAAGUGCUGGCAGUGGAGCUGGCCAGCACCAGCCGCUUUGAGCUGGCCACCCGGACCUUCCCCCGUAUCACCUUGGUCCCCGUCCUGCACCCGGUGGAUGGCCUCAGUGUCAAGUUCUUUGGCCUGGACUCCAACCAGAACAAGAUUCUGCCAGAGACCGAGGCCAUGCUGAGCGCCACGGUUUAGUAGCGGUGCUUGGGCCCAUGCCCAGCCUCAGUCAGCCCACAGAGGGAGUGGGGGCUGUGGAGGUAGAAACCUGUGUGUGGGAGGGGGCUGAACCAGGGAGGGCCAGUGGCCCCCAUACUUGCUCUACUCUGGUCCCCCUUCUUGACAAACCCUACCCAACACCAAAAGGACCCUGUCCUUUCUGGGGAUGGGGGUUCCCUCCUGGCUCCUGCUCUCUCCAAUGUCUCCCCACUUCCCACCAGCUUAGCUCUUGGGAAAGGCCUGGCCGGGCCCCGCAUGCCGUUCCAGUGUUAUGUGUCAGUGGACUGUGCCUAAGUGUGUGCUUGUGACCUUCUGACCCGGGCCCUUUCCUCCCUUGUCUUUUAGGGAAGAGGCCCCCCAACCUUGGCACUUUCUUCAGCUCCCCAGCAAUCUUUUUACUGCUCGGACAGUGCCCCUGGGGGUGUGGCUGCUGAGGAGCAGUGUCCUAGGUCAUCCAUCACUAGUCAGCCUGGGUGGGGCAGGGGCUGCCAUGGCCUGGAGAGCACCCCCCUUCCAGCCCUGCCAGUUUGGACAUUUGAAAUUACCUAUUGCUGCUACUUGUUCUCUCCUUUGAUCAUGGGGCACAGGAGCCUCAGUCCUGUUCCCCAGCAUACUCCCUAGUGGCCCUGGGCAGGUACACUGACAUCCCUAACUUUUCCCAAGAUGGGACUCCACUGAGCCAGGCCUUUCCCUGCUCCACAUACCCAACCAAGGCCCUGAGCUCAUGGAAACCUGUGCUCCCGUGAUCUCGGCUGUAUUGAGGUCUGGAACAAACGUCUGCAUCUGCUAGCCUCUGUCUCAGCUGUCUCCCUGCAGGACUUCUGGGAGUGAAGAGGAAAGGGUUGCUGGUAGAACUCAGCCCCCUUGGCUGAGAGUUGAACAGCUAGCCCCACCCCCCACCAUGCAGGUUCCAGACAGAUUAUUUGAUUUAACCUCAGAGCCUUACUGCUGCACUACAGUCCAGUGUCUCUGCCUGUUGUCCCCUGCUGGAGAUAGGAAAGUGGCUCAUUGCUUCCUCCCCAUCCUGUCAAAAGCCCUGAUCAUGGGGAUUUGGAGGCUGCUACAAUUUCUAGCUUGGCCACUCUUCACCCCAGUGCCCCCUGCUCUGCUAGGGAGUAUGGAGAAGGAUACGGGUUCUUUCUUCUGACGGGGUUCCAGGGCCUUUGUCUUCCUUUCCUAACCUUGCUCUUUGCCCUUAGCCCUUGGAAAGGUGUCUCUGAAGUCCCUUCCACUUCUGCGCCACUGUCUGCUUGAGCCCAGCUCUGGGGUGUGGGGAGGAAGUGAGAGCAAAGGGAAGGUGAGGUAGAGACAGUCCUUCCUCAGCACUGACUCAGCCCUGUGUGGUCUGGUGACUGCGGGAGAGGCUGCAGCAAGCCGAGGAGGAGGGUAAGUGAGGUUUGUCACAAGUGAUUUGGGUGCAGACAGGCCAGUCAGGAUGACUGGUUGAAAGAGAAGUAGCUCCCGCCACUGGCAUUUUAAGAAUUGGCAGUUUGGGACACCUCCUGGGGACAGUUUGGGGCCUUUGGUGAGUCUGUAAGCAAUUUUGUCUGUUUUCAGAUUUUUCUUUGCUUUCUGUGUUUCUCUGUUGGUUUUGGAUGUUGUAAUAGCAAUGAAUCCUCUUUUCAAGAAAAUCAAAAACAGAAGAAUGCAGCAAAUAUCUAUCCCCAGCUACCGCUCUGAGAAGCUCAGUUCCUCCACCAUGGUGUCCAGUGGGUAAACCCCCAACAGAUCCACUUUCAACUCUCUAGAGGGUGACUUACAGACUUUACAGACACACCCAGAAUGUCCUGUAACCCCCAUCCCCAAAUAUUUCAUUUGUUUCCCACUUUUCAUUACUGAACAGCAAGUAUAGAACAGGUGUUAUUGGCAAAAGUGUUUGGAAUUUUUAAAAAAAAUCUGCAAUUCCCCCUCCUCAAUUCCCCCUCCCAAGUAUAAAAGACAGGCUAAAAUGUGUAAAGACUCAUCAAAGCUUGCAAAAUAGCUGUAUAGUAUACCAGAAUCUGUUACCCGCAAAAAGAGCUCAGUGUCUGGAAGGUUUAUUUACCUUAAGUUGAUCCCUUUUGCCCUCAACCAGCUGUUGCAGACUGUAUAGCUAAGAAUGGGAUGAGUCUGGCCCUGGUGAGGGGCAGGGGGCUGGAAGGUUCUUCAGUGGCCUUCUAAGGGGGCAGCCUGGGAGGGGGCGGAGAAGGAAAAGUGGAGGGGAUCCCUGUGAAGGAGGAAGGAAGGAUCAUUUGCCAAGCUGGGUCUGAAGGUGACAAGAAGAGGAGUGAGGAAAGCUCUUGACUGGCCUGCAGGAUUCCGCUAGGGCGCUCCCUCUGUCUCCUCUGUAGAUGUGUGCUGAGGUUUCUUUGUCCCUGUGUUUGUGUGUGUGUGUUCUAUAGCGGUAGCAUUAGAUGAGCGAUGUUUUCUCACUAUUCCUAACUAUUGUAACUUGAUAUUAAAAAAGACAAAACUCCACAGAAUUCCUGCCAUAGGCUUGCAAAAUGAAGCACUUUCGUUGUUGGGCGCUGAUGUUUAUGUUCUGGGCACCAUCCUGACCCUGCCUGGAUCACUAUAAUAUUAUUUUAUACACAAAACUUUUUUUUCAUAAAUGUUAUAAUUUUGUGUCUGUCUUUAUAAACUAUUAUAAGUACUAUUUUUGUUAUAAUUCAAAAUAGAUAUUUAGUAUAAAGUUUUUGCUGUUAAAUAUUUGUUAUUUAGUAAAAUAUGAAUUUUUCUCUAUUGUAAAACAUGGUCAAAAUAUUAAUAUGUUUUUAUCACAGUUGUUUUAAUAUUGAAAAAGCACUUGUGUGUUUUGUUUUGAUAUGAAAUUGGUGCCGUGUGAGUGUUUUUGCUGUCAUGUGGUUUUAGUCUGUAUAUAAUAUUCCAUGUUACAUAUUAAAAAAAUGAAUGUUGUGUAUUUUGUGAUUUUGGAAAUACUCAAUGUGGCUCUUUUAUAGGCUUCCAUAAUAAACCGUGGGGACUCA